CAGGGACUUGUUGCAGGAACUCUUGGCUGCUGUUCCUGGAGGAGGAUGGAGGAGAUCCUGGUUAAUCUGUGUGGGACCAGUCCAAAAGACCCACUUCCCAUCUGGGUCCACAGCAAUGUUGGCCACUGUUUUAACCAGCUGAUUUUAAACAUGUUUCCUCAUGUGAUCCUGAGUGUAAUCAGUGCCUGCUACAUAGGAACACCAAGAUCUUUAGUUUCUCCGAUUGUGUACAGACCUGGAUGGAAAUGCAGAAUUGCUGCAUCCUUUAUACUUGCUGGUUUGUCCGUCCUUGACAUAAUCCUAGUAACCAUUUGGCGACAGAAAUUGGUUCUCUUAUAUCUAGAAGUACUGUCAAGUGGCAUAGCUACGUUGGCAUGGCUUACCCACAGCUUGGCGCUGCUUGCUCUCUACAAGUCUCCAUACCGUUUCAGCCGUGGCCCAUUAAUCCUACUGGUCAUUGUCCUCCUUCCCAUCCCAUCCUUUAUUAUCACACUGGUGUGGCGCUGCCAGACUGAGACAGGUGGUCAGCACCUUCAACUUGUCACCAUCUUCAGACUCUCUGUCCUCUGCCUGCAGCUGGCCUCUCUGCUUCUCUGUGUAAUUGGGUACAUCAUCCCCGUGGCCAACAGGCAAGACGUUUGCUCCAUCAAUGAUUCCUGGCAGCAUGAGCCCCUGAUCACAGCCUCAGGGGUUUCUGCACCCAUUUGGCAGGGAGUGGCUGAGGAUGGAGAGAGCUGGCUCUCACGUUUCUCCUAUGCCUGGAUGAGCCCCCUUAUGAAGCGUGGCUACCAGUGCAUGCUGAAUCGGCCACAGGAUGUCUAUCAGCUUCCUCGACGACUCCAAGUUGAAAGAGUCCGUGAGCACUUUUGCUCCUGCUGGCAGGAAAAGGCAGUUCUUAGCCAAGAGCAUGAAGAGGCUGCAUCUUCCACAAACAGAUUAUUUGCCAAAAGGGAUGUGGGAGGUGUUGAAUUCCCACCUCCAGUAUGCCCUCGUGAUACUCAAAGGUCCGUACGUCUUCUAUCAGUGCUGCAUGCAGCUUUUGGGCUACACUACUACUCUCUGGGCCUUCUCAAACUGGCUGGCAGCCUGUUGGGAUUCUCCGGGCCCCUGCUUCUGAACCUGCUGGUCAGUUUCAUGGAAUCACACCAGGAACCUCUGAGCCACGGAGUGAUCUAUGCACUGGGACUCUUUGCUGGUUCCUUCCUGGGCGCCAUUUUGAGUAACCAGUUCAGUUAUCAGAUCAACAAGAUGAUGCUUAUGGUGCGUACAGCAGUCAUCUCUGCCAUCUACCAGAAAGCCCUCCGGGUGAGUGGCAGUAGCUUGUCUGGCUUCACCACAGGUGAGAUUGUCAACUUUAUGAGCACUGACACUGAUAGGUUGGUCAACUUCUGCUACAGUUUCCAUGAACUGUGGAGUCUUCCUUUCCAAUUCGCCAUCACUCUCUACCUCCUGUACCAGCAGGUGGGCAUAGCCUUCCUGGGAGGGCUGGGUUUGGCUCUGCUACUUGUGCCCAUUAAUAAAGUUGUUGCAAAUCGCAUCAUGGAGAACAACAAGGAGAUGCUGAAGCACAAGGACGUACGGGUCAAGUUGAUGACGGAGUUCUUGUGUGGCAUGCGAGUGAUCAAGUUCUACACCUGGGAAAGACAUUUUGGCUCUAGAGUGCAUGCUUGCCGAGCCAGGGAGCUGAAGAGCCUGCAAGCAAUCAAGUACCUUGAUGCUGUGUGUGUCUAUCUCUGGGCUGCACUGCCUGUUGUCGUCUCCAUUGUCAUCUUUCUCACUUAUGUUCUACUAGGACACCAGCUGUCUGCUACUAAGGUGUUUACAGCUUUGGCCCUUGUUGGGAUGCUCAUUCUCCCUCUCAAUAAUUUCCCCUGGGUGCUGAAUGGGAUCUUGGAAGCCAAAGUAUCUCUGGACCGAAUCCAGCACUUCCUCGAGCUCGCAGACCAGGAUCUGGAUGCUUACUACAUCAGAGCUGGCCCUUCCGAUCCAUCUUCUGCCCUAGAAAUGCACCAUUCCUCCUUUUCAUGGUCACCAGCAAACAAAGAAAGCACUGGACCCCUCAUACCUAGAGGAAGUUUGCAGCUCUUUAUUCAAGAUCUGGUGGUGGCAAAGGGUGCACUGGUGGGGGUCGUCGGGAAGGUUGGAUGUGGGAAGAGUACUUUGCUUGCAGCAAUCACUGGAGAACUCAAUAGUCAAAGCGAGCCUGUUUACAUUUGCGAUCUGGACAAAGGAUUCGGCUUGGCCACACAAGAACCUUGGAUCCAGUUUAGCAGCAUCCGAGAAAACAUCCUUUUUGGGAAGGAAUAUGAUGCCAGAUUUUACCAGGAUGUAAUAGAGGCCUGUGCUCUCUCUGAUGACUUCAAUAUUUUGCCAGCAGGUGAUCAGACAGAGGUGGGUGAGAAUGGAGUGACCCUCAGCGGGGGACAGAAAGCUCGGGUUGCCCUUGCUAGAGCUGUUUACCAGGAGAAAGAGCUAUACCUUCUCGAUGACCCACUAGCAGCUGUUGAUGCAGAUGUAGCCAAUCACCUUAUGCAGAAAUGCAUUCUGGGAAUUCUCAGACAUAAGACCAGGAUUCUUUGCACGCACAGAACUGAGUUCUUGGAAAAGGCUGACAUCUUACUGCUGAUGGACAAUGGCAGAAUUCUCAAGACAGGAACCCCAACAGAGAUUCUGCCACUGGUAGAAGCUGCUCCUAAGCUUAGUAAGAUGGACAAGAGAAGGGAGGACAACAUACCUGCUGAAUAUAGCCAAGAGGAGGAUGCAGAGCCUGAGGAAGAAGAAGAACCAAACCAAGCCAACUGUCUUCUCAGGCAGGAGGAGGAGAAGAAAGAAGGGGCCGUGGCUUUCCAGGUCUACAAAGCAUAUUGGGUGGCUGUUGGAAGCUGCCUAGCAUUGUCCAUCCUCCUCUCCCUGCUGCUGAUGCAAGCUUCUAGGAAUGUCUCCGACUGGUGGCUGUCAAACUGGAUCUCCAGCCUACCGCAUGCAGAAAAUACCUCUGUCAGCAACCUGUCUGUUCUGCCUUCCUCACAGCUGCUGCUCUUCUCCCAUGGGGGACUCAUUUCCCCAGUCCUGGCCUCCAUCCCUUCAAAUGGCUCUGUGGAUGUGAACUUUUACCUGACUGUGUACGGCUGCAUUGCAGGAGCAAAUUCUGUCUUCACCAUCCUGCGGGCCUUCCUCUUUGCCUAUGGCACCAUCCAUGCUGCUACUGUCGUUCACAACAGGUUGCUCAGAAGGGUGAUGAAGGCCACAAUGACUUUCUUUGACACCACGCCAACAGGCCGCAUCCUUAAUCGCUUUUCCUCGGACCUCUACUGUGUGGAUGACAGCCUGCCUUUCAUUCUCAACAUCUUCCUGGCCAACAUCUUUGGUCUGCUGGGGAUGCUGGUGAUGAUCACCUAUGGGCUGCCUUGGAUUGGCCUCGUCCUGCUGCCCUUGGCCGCCAUUUACUACUCUAUCCAACGCUAUUACCGGCGCACGUCCCGUGAACUCAAGCGCCUCUACAGUCUCACCCUGUCCCCCAUCUACACUCACUUCUCGGAGACCUUGACAGGCCUCAGCAUCAUCCGGGCCACCAGGGCCACAGGCAGGUUUGAGACAGAGAACCAGCAGCGAUUGGAGCUGAACCAACGCUGCCGUUUUGCCAGCAACACCGCCAUGCAGUGGCUGGACAUUCGGCUGCAGAUGAUCGGAGUUGCUGUAGUUACUGCCAUUGCAGGAAUUGCCAUCAUCCAGCACCAGAGGAAAAUGGGAGAUCCAGGUCUAGUGGGCCUGGCCCUUUCCUAUGCCCUGUCAGUCACAAACCUGCUAUCUGGACUCAUCACUAGCUUCACUCAGACAGAAACCAUGAUGGUGAGUGUGGAACGGACAGAGGAAUAUGCAACAGAGAUCCCCAUAGAGUCUCAGGAGGAGUCGCUCCAGGUUGCACCUGAUUGGCCAAGUCGGGGUCACAUAGAGUUCCAGCAAGUAAUACUGACCUAUCGGCCUGACCUACCCAGUGCUCUGGAUGGGGUGACUUUCACUAUCUAUCCUGGAGAAAAAAUUGGGGUAGUUGGACGGACCGGAUCUGGCAAAUCCACUCUAUUUUUGGCCCUUUUCCGAAUGGUGGAACUGAGAGCCGGCCGAAUCCUCCUGGACAAUAUCGACAGCUUUUCUGUUGGCUUGAAGGAGCUGAGGUCUAGAUUGGCCAUAAUCCCACAGGACCCCUUUUUGUUUAGUGGGACAAUCCGUGAGAAUCUGGACCCUAAAGGGCAACAAACGGAUGCUGACUUGCACCAUGUCCUGGAGCAAUGCCACUUGCAGGCAGUGAUUACAGAGAUGGGUGGUCUGGAUUGUGAGCUGGGGGAGAGAGGAAAGAGUCUCUCCGUAGGACAGAGGCAGCUCGUUUGUUUAGCAAGGGCUCUCCUAACCCAGGCCAAGAUUCUGUGCAUCGAUGAGGCCACAGCAAGCGUGGACCAAAAGACAGACAGAUUACUUCAGCAGACCAUCCGCCAGCGAUUUGCAGACAAAACUGUGCUGACUAUCGCUCAUAGGUUGAACACUAUCCUGGACUCCGAUCGAGUGCUGGUGAUGCAUGCUGGGAAGGUGGCAGAGUUUGAUUCCCCUGCCGUUCUCAGCGAGAAGCAGGCCUCCUUGUUUCAUCACCUCCUGCACACUGGGCAGCAGUGACCUCCCUGCAGAGACGCUUGGGCUUGACAGUUUAUACCUCAUGACUGUGGCCGUUUCCCCUUGGCAACGUGGGGCCCUUCCCUGACCUUUCCCUCCACCUGCAGCAUUGUGAAACAGGCGCUCCGCCUCCUGCGGAGCAUCCUGCUUCUGACCAGGUGAUGGAACAUUCUCUGCCAAGGACAGCAGAGGAAGGCAGUAGAUCUGUGCCACCCCUCAGGCUGAAGGGAGUGGGACCUAUGAAGAGGGGCAUUCCCAUUUAGGGUGGAUAGAGAAUGGUGGCUUUUGCACAAGAGCUUCUUGUAGAGGUUCUGUCAUUUAAGAAAUAAAAAUAAAAAUA